AUGAAUGAACUGGAGGCUUUGCUGAAUGACAGUCUUAUCAGAACAAAGCAUGUGGAAAACGCAGCUGUCAUCGAUGUAAAGGAAAGAAAAGUCUGUGCAUCAACUUUUGGCUUUAAUGUGCCGCCAGAGAAUGCUUUAAACCUUAUCUACACUUUCCACAAGAACUUAUUGCAAGUUAGAAGGGGAGGACUCUACUUCAAGGAGAAGUACUAUAAAUGUGUCCGCGCAGAUGAGCAUUCCAUCUAUCUUCAAAAUCCAGAUGGAGGCCUGAUAGUGGUGAAGACAAAGACUUUCAUCCUGGUUGCUACUUACAGAGUGGGCAUGUAUCCCAGUGUGUGCGUGGAAGCUGUGGAGAAACUAGAGAAAAUGUUGGCAGCCUAUUUUGAUUGCCCAGGAGGCCCAGAAAAUCUCUAUGUGAAAGAAGUGCUGAAACCACAUCCAGGAGAAGGAGAAGUUCUUGUGAAGGUCUCUGCCAGCGCUCUGAAUAGGGCUGAUUUACUCCAGAGGAGAGGGAAGUACCCUCCCCCCAAAGGAGCAAGUGAUAUUUUAGGCUUAGAAGCAGCUGGGACUGUGGCUGGGCUCGGACCUGGCUGCAAGGGCCGGUGGAAGAUCGGCGAUGCAGUGAUGGCUCUGCUCUCCGGAGGUGGCCAGGCAGAAUACGUUACAGUACCUGAAGGCUACCUCAUGCCAAUUCCCAAUGAUAUGACAUUUAUUCAGGCUGCAGCCAUUCCCGAAGCCUGGUUAACAGCCUUUCAGCUGCUGCAUUUUGUAGGUAAAAUACAGAAGGGCGAGAGAGUGUUGAUCCAUGCUGGAGCUAGCGGAGUUGGUAUGGCGGCCAUUCAGCUGGUAAGACUGGCAAAAGCUAUUCCCAUCGUGACAGCAGGAACUCAAGAGAAACUGAAAGCAACAGCAAACGCUGGAGCAGCUGCGGGGUUCAACUACAAGAAUGAAGAUUUUAGUGAAAAGGUCUUGGCAUUCACCCAAGGUUCUGGAGCAGAUAUUAUUUUAGAUUGUGUUGGUGGCUCAUACUGGGAGAAGAAUCUCAACUGUCUGAGUACUGAUGGCCGGUGGAUUAUUUAUGGACUACUGAGUGGAGGUGAAGUACAUGGAGAUUUGCUUGCAAGGCUGCUUUCCAAAAGAGCGAGCAUCCAUACAAGUCUAUUACGAUCACGAGACAAGGAGUAUAAGGAACAGCUGGUGAAAGCCUUCACAGAAAACGUACUGCCCUGUUUUUCUGGAGGAACCUCUCCUCAUCUCCAACCACUUGUCGACAGUGUUUUCCCUUUGCAUGAGAUUGCAGAGGCACACAGGAUCAUGGAAGAAAACAAGAAUAUUGGCAAAAUUGUCAUCGAAAUGCCUGCUUCAUCUUAA